AAACAUAACAUCAAGAUGACACACGUGGAAAAGCGUCAGGCUCGACCAGGGAAGGAAACCAUACAUUCUGGGCAUUUUAUGGUGUCGCACUUCGAAGCUGAGGCUCAAGAUGAAUUUGACGACUUAGCAGUACCUGUACCUGAUGAGGAGCAAAAUGUCCAGAAGGUAUCUGUUGUGACGACAUACACAGUUCCCGGGGCGGUGGAGAAGUUCGCGCCUUCUAAUGUAGAAGAAAGUAAACAACCUCAGCAGCUUUCAAUUGAGAUAUCACUUACAAAGUUGUUCAAAUGUAUGACUCUAGCUUACAGACAAAAACUAACAUCACCAAAAUGGAAUCGUUUCAAAGGUAUAAAACUCCGGUGGAAGGACAAGAUCAGAUUGAACAACGUUAUAUGGAGAUGCUGGCACAUGCAAUUUAUAAAGAAACAAAAUACUUUGGUGUGUCAGUUCGCGUCCCCGCUGGAUGUUGACACACACGUGAAACCAGAGGCAACAAUAUUGGAAGGGAAAUAUUGGAAAAGAAGAGCAGAGGCUGUCAAAGCAGAAUAUAAAAAAUGGCGCAUGUUUCAUAUUAUGAGGCUCCUCGGGAAGGGGGACACCUCUGUCCAGGAUACGAUUUUGGACAUGGACACAGUGGAGUCGCAAUGCAGCGACCUCGCGGGAAACAUGUUGACCGACGAGGACUACCUCAACUUUAUGAGUGACACUUUGUUCUCCACUAUCACCAAUCACCAACCUUUCGCUUUCCCAGACUGCAGGGAAAUAGCUAAAGGGGCUGGUUUGGCUGAUUUUAUUCAACCAAGCUUAGGUCCGUUGCAACCUAACCUUGACGAUUUUAUGGACACAUUGGAACCCUUACAAGAGCUCCUAUCGACACCACGAUUGCCUCCCGUGCCCGAAGAGAGCACUCUGCCCGCUGAUGACCCGCUGUACCGGAGUGGCAUGUCCGUGGACUCUUACUCUACUCAGGGCUACAUGACCGGCAACCAGAAUACUGUCACGAUGCCAACUAGCCAGAUGUCCAUCCAUGGUAUGGCUCAAGGCGCAGUGGAUGACACGCAAAUGCUACCGAUGUCCGAGCAUGGCAUAAAGAAUGAAAUGAGGAUAUAUGACAACGGUCGGUUAUUUGCUCAAACUGACUUGCCCGAAAAUAUGAUAAACCAAGAACUGUUGUAUACGGCGACGUCUUACGAACAGCAGACGCAAGAUACCGUACAAAGUUCAGCGUAUAACGCUAAGAUGUCCCGUGUACAGUACGUCACAUCACCAAAAAUGACUACGCAACAAGAAACGGGAUAUACGAAGUACAAUACAGGCAUACCACCGUCGCAAACGGCGCCAGAGACGGUCUCGCUGCUGCAGGCUCCUGUGCACAAUGCGAAGUACGCUUCCGCCAUCGUCAUCCAUGGCCGCAACGUGUACAAUCGCGAUAAGCCCAAGUCAAGAGUAGCGCACUACUCGAAUCAACUGCCUAAUACACAUUAUCAGGGUUAUGCGCAGCAAAUGCAAAGCGGGUCGUCACAAGUUCCGGCAGGGUACGAACACAAUGCGCGACCUGUAUCUUCGCAGAUACAGUACUUAGCGCCGGCACCGGCCGAGUACAAGCCCAAAUCAACGACUAUAAAUGCGCGCUCUUUCAAGAUACCCUCAUCACUUGCACCCGUACCAUCACAACAAGUGCAGGUGACGAAUGUGAGCGGAGGUGUGUCGACGGUUCGUGGAAGCGGUAAGGAGCAGUUCCGGUCAAUCAGUCUGCCGCUGGGCGCACAGCUCAACCCUGAUUGGUCGGUGAGCGCACCAGCGCCCUCGCAGCCGGCGCCCUCUACACAGGCCGCACCUGCGCCUACGCAGCACGAUGUAGCCCAGAGGCUUACUGCCAGGGCCCGUGACACAGCCCCAGGCGCAAUGCGCGUGCGCUCCCGUUCAUCGUCGGGCAGCACACUGGGCGAGCCUGCGAGUGCCUCGCCGCGCCGCCCGCCACCGCUCAAUACCGUCGCCUCCGAGCCCACACUACCGCAGGCCAGUGUCAUGCUAGCACAGCUUCUGUCCUCGCAACAUUCACAAAGCCUGUACAAGUUAAGCAGCAACGAGGAUAUGGUGGGCUCGAGCGACCCCACUAAGUCCCCAAUCCGAAGAGGGCAGCCUUCGCCCAUCGGCAGCGACGUCAUGUCUCCACAUCAGUCCCUGUCUCCGCCUGGGUCCCCGGCUUCCGGCGGCGCUAGCAGUCCGCGUGAGCCGCGGCGCGCGCACCUUCACGCCGAGCAAAAGCGCCGCUGCAACAUCAAGACCGGCUUCGACACGCUGCAGGCGCUCAUUCCGCAUCUCAACGCAAACCCUGCCGCCAAGAUUAGUAAAGCGGCCAUGUUGCAAAAAGGAGCGGAGUAUAUCAAGCAACUUAAGGCGGAACGGAACCAAAUCAAAGAAGAGAUGGAGAGUUUACGGCAACAAAUCGAGUGUUUAAACAAUUCAAUAUCCAACUGCCAUUCGCUGCUGCCGGCGACGGGUGCGCCGGUGUCACGCGCCCGCGCCGGUCGACUGCGCGAAAUGUUCGCUAGACAUGUAGCCAACCGUACGCUGCAGAACUGGAAGUACUGGCUGUUUAGCGUGGUGAGCGCAGCACUGGUGGACUCGUUCAGCGCGUGCGUGUCGUGCGGCAGCGCCGCCGACCUCGUGCGCACCACGUUGCUCUGGGCCGAGCAGCACUGCUCCCUCGUCGAGAUGCGACCCGCGGUACUAAACUCCUUGCGUGUGCUAUGCACGACGACCGACAUCCUGACGAACCCGGAGCGGCUGCCCGAGGAGGCACGCGCCGCUGUCGCUGCCAACGCUGGCGUCAAGACCGAGCCCACCUAAUACGCACAAGCCUCUGCCGGUAAGGAAAACCCGUAUCUCGCCAUUAAGAAGUUGGUAACAUGUAAUUGUACUGUUUGUUUCAAUCCAAUCUUGAUGAAAGAUAAUUUUUUUGGUUAAAAUUCUUAAACAAUCACUCCAUAAAUGGAAUAAUACUUCACGUAUGUUUUAAAGGUUUCGAUAUGAUAUCUCACCGCUUCUUCUAACAAUAUUCAUUUGAAUAACAUCUCAAAUUCCAAUUUGAAAAAUCUUAGUCUAAAAGUGAAAUUAUUUGUCAAAUGUAAACAUAUGAAUAGUCUUUGGUUGCACAGUGCUGUAAUAUAAAAAAUCAUUCGGUUCAUUUAAAUUAAGUUUAUAGUAAGCGAUUAGUAAAUCGAAAAUUUCAAUCACAAUCUAUAAAGGAUUUCAAGAAGGACUUUAAUGUCACAGCGCGUUUGUCGUGACAUCAUAAAUUAAACAUAAUGAAUUAUUUUCAUAUAGUAUGUUUGUAACAAAUAACUAUCAUUAACCGAGAAGAAUUGCCUUUGACUUAUAAUUUAUUGUCUUGAACUGGUCUUAACUUUUAGAACAACAAUCUCUGAAACAAGAAAUAUAUUCAAUAAAUAUAAUACCUAAAAACUACAAUCUGAAAACCUGACCAUGUUACUAGAAACAAUAAACUCAGCUUUUCACAUUCAUGAAACCUUUUUUUUUCAUGCCCUCUACCUUCUACCACUUAUCUUCUCGACGGUGAAACGUUCACUACAAUCCGUACUCUACAUGGGUUGUAUUAUAUAUAAUAUUGUAAACCUGUGUAUCUAAGUAUCAUCACUGUGUGUGAGUCUAUUCCAUUUUUCAUGCUCUAUUCAGUGAAAAAAAUCUUUUUAAUGCCUCCAUCGUUUUCGUUCAGUAAGUUAACUUUUGACAGGUGUUAAUUUCAAAUCUG